AUGGCCUCAGUUAAGCCGCCCGCCAGCACCUUCAAAAGUGCCCAGCAGAGUGCCACAGUGGCCAACCCGGUGCCCAACCCAGUGCCCGGCGGCAACCCAGACCUGCUGCCCCACUUCCUGGUGGAGCCCGAGGACGUGUACAUUGUCAAGAACAAGCCGGUGCUGCUCCAGUGCAAGGCCACACCCGCCACACAGAUCUUCUUCAAGUGCAACGGGGAGUGGGUGCGCCAGGUGGACCACGUGAUCGAGCGCAGCACCGACGGGAGCAGUGGGCUGCCAGCUAUGGAGGUACGCAUCAACGUGUCGCGGCAGCAGGUGGAGAAGGUGUUUGGGCUGGAGGAGUAUUGGUGCCAGUGCGUGGCCUGGAGCUCCUCGGGCACCACCAAGAGCCAGAAGGCCUACAUCCGUAUCGCCUACCUGCGCAAGAACUUUGAGCAGGAGCCGCUGGCCAAGGAGAUAUCCCUGGAGCAGGGCAUCGUGCUGCCAUGCCGCCCACCCGAGGGCAUCCCCCCAGCCCAGGUGGAGUGGCUCCGGAACGAGGAUCUGGUGGACCCGGCACUGGACCCCAACGUGUACAUCACCCGGGAGCACAGCCUGGUGGUGCGGCAGGCCCGCCUGGCCGACACGGGCAACUACACCUGUGUGGCCAAGAACAUCGUGGCACGCCGCCGCAGCGCCUCUGCUGCCGUCAUCGUCUACGUGAACGGUGGGUGGUCGACGUGGACCGAGUGGUCCCUCUGCAGCGCCAGCUGUGGGCGCGGCUGGCAGAAACGGAGCCGGAGCUGCACCAACCCGGCACCUCUCAACGGGGGCGCCUUCUGUGAGGGGCAGAAUGUCCAGAAAACAGCCUGCGCCACUCUGUGCCCAGUGGAUGGCAACUGGAGCCCAUGGAGCAAGUGGUCAGCCUGCGGACUGGACUGCACACACUGGCGGAGCCGAGAGUGUGCUGACCCCGUGCCCCGAAAUGGAGGCGAGGAGUGCCCAGGUGCUGACCUGGACACCCGCAACUGUACCAGUGACCUGUGUGUGCACACUGCCUCCGGCCCCGAGGACGUGGCCCUCUAUGUGGGCCUCAUCGCGGUGGCCGUGUGCCUGGUGCUGCUGCUGCUGGUCCUCAUCCUGGUGUACUGCCGCAAGAAGGAGGGGCUGGACUCCGACGUGGCCGACUCAUCCAUCCUCACCUCGGGCUUCCAGCCCGUUAGCAUCAAGCCCAGCAAAGCAGACAACCCCCAUCUGCUCACCAUCCAGCCUGACCUCAGCACCACCACCACCACCUACCAAGGCAGCCUGUGUCCACGGCAGGACGGGCCUAGCCCCAAGUUCCAGCUCUCCAAUGGGCACCUACUCAGCCCUCUGGGCGGGGGCCGCCACACACUGCGCCACAGCUCACCCACCUCGGACGCUGAGGACUUUGUCUCACGCCUCUCCACCCAGAACUACUUCCGCUCCCUGCCCCGCGGCACCAGCAACAUGGCCUACGGGACCUUCAACUUCCUCGGGGGCCGGCUGAUGAUUCCCAAUACAGGGAUCAGCCUCCUCAUCCCCCCAGAUGCCAUACCCCGCGGGAAGAUCUACGAGAUCUACCUCACGCUGCACAAGCCCGAGGAUGUGAGGUUGCCCCUAGCCGGCUGUCAGACCCUGCUGAGUCCCAUCGUUAGCUGCGGCCCCCCCGGAGUCCUGCUCACUCGGCCUGUCAUCCUGGCCAUGGACCACUGCGGGGAGCCCAGCCCAGAGAGCUGGAGCCUGCGCCUCAAAAAGCAGUCAUGCGAGGGCAGCUGGGAGGACGUGCUGCACCUGGGCGAGGAGGCGCCCUUGCACCUCUACUACUGCCAACUGGAGGCCGGGGCCUGCUACGUCUUCACUGAGCAGCUGGGCCGCUUCGCCCUGGUGGGAGAAGCCCUCAGCGUGGCCGCAGCCAAGCGCCUCAGACUACUCCUGUUCGCGCCCAUGGCGUGCACUUCUCUCGAGUACAACAUCCGGGUCUAUUGCCUGAAUGACACCCAUGAGGCCCUCAAGGAGGUGGUACAGCUGGAAAAGCAGAUGGGCGGCCAGCUGAUCCAGGAGCCCCGGGUCCUGCACUUUAAGGACAGCUACCACAGCCUGCGCCUGUCCAUCCACGACGUGCCCAGUUCCCUGUGGAAGAGCAAGCUGCUCGUCAGCUAUCAGGAGAUCCCCUUUUACCACAUCUGGAAUGGCACACAGCAGUACCUGCACUGCACCUUCACCUUGGAGCGCGUCAGCCCCAGCACCAGUGACUUGGCUUGCAAGGUGUGGGUGUGGCAGGUAGAGGGCGAUGGGCAGAGCUUCAACAUCAACUUCAACAUCACCAAGGACACAAGGUUUGCUGAGCUGCUGGCUCUGGAGAGUGAAGGGGGGGUCCCAGCCCUGGUGGGCCCCAGUGCCUUCAAGAUCCCCUUCCUCAUUCGGCAGAAGAUCAUUAGCAGCCUAGACCCACCCUGCAGCCGGGGUGCAGACUGGCGCACUCUGGCCCAGAAACUCCACCUGGACAGCCAUCUCAGCUUCUUUGCCUCCAAGCCCAGCCCCACAGCCAUGAUCCUCAACCUGUGGGAGGCGAGACACUUUCCCAACGGCAACCUAAGCCAGCUGGCCGCGGCCGUGACCGGACUGGGUCAGCCAGAUCCUGGCCUCUUCACAGUAUCCGAGGCUGAGUGCUGAGGCCCCCGGGCCCCGAACGCCUACAUUCUCACCAGCUUUGGCCCCGGCCAGGGAUGAACAGACGCUGAGCUGGGGCCCUCCACCCAUCCCAGGGAGAGCUGCGUGGACAGGUCUCCUCCUGGCUGAUGCUGUCCCUUAAUGCCGGUCCUUCAGACCCUGCCCACACUCCCGCUCUCCACAGCCUGCCUGGCCAGGCUGGCACUGCCACCUACUCCCACUCUGCCCCUGCCCGCGGGGCCCAGGGACACAGUGCCUGGAGCCAGGCGAGGCCAGGCCCGGCCCAUUCGUGUGUGCGCGUGCGCGCGUGAUGCUACCUCUCCUCCUGCCCCUGGCCAGGGCCCCGCAUGCACGUGGACAUGCACGCACACGCUGGGCUCGGGCCGCGCCCGGCCUCCUGCCUGAGCCAGACCUUAUGCAAACGUUUCUGUGCCUGCUGGGUAGGGGCACGUCUGAGGGGCCCGCCCACGCCUGCGGGACCAAGGGCACGGCCGGGCGAGCAGGAAAGGCCUCUGGGCUCAGGCACCCAGCCACACGCGGGCACGUGCGUGCGUCCACCCCACCGAGCGCACGUCUCCACCACCUUCACUUCUCACGCCUGUGCACCGGGGUCCCGCCCACGUCCCUCACGCCCCCACCCCCAGUGUUUGUACACAUCUGCCUCUCACAUGCUGCCCUGCCCCCACCCACCAGGGACAUGAGCGGCUCUCCCCACCCCCGACCCCAGGCCUCAGCCGCAGGUGCCCUGUCCGGCGGGGCGUGUGAAUAUGCAACGGGAGCCCCGUGCUGGGCAAUGGCGUGUGCGUGUGCCAGGCGUGCCCAUCCCGGGGCUGGACAAGCCCCCCCUCCGGGCCGCCCCUCGAAGCUUGUGUCCUGACUCCGUCUGAAGUGCAUUCACGCCCUUGCACUUGGCCUUAUGUACACAGCCUUGACCGGCUGCCGGGGCAUGUAGGGAUUUUAGCAGACGUGAAUGUAAAUAAAUUAUAUAUAUAUAUUGCUAA